AGCGUGUGCGUGGUGUGUGUUUCCUUGCGGCUCCACAGACGAACAGUGGAUCAUGAUCUUCUCCCCGAGCAGGACACCACUUCACCUCCGCUGACCCACAACCAGCUGCUCGGACUGAAGACUGAACCAAACACACAGAGGAGGAGAAGAGAAGAAGAGGAGAAGAGAAGUGAGGAAGAGAAGAAGUCGUGCAGGUGGCUCGUGUUUGGUGAAGCGGACACACAGACACUCACAGUCCGGGACCUGCUCGUCUCAGCCGGCUUGGAGAGCACGAAGAUGUCGGUGGAGAGUUACUCUGCGCUGGAUGAGUCCUCUCUGCGAGCUCUGCUGGAUGGAGCCGUGGAUCUGGACGAGAGACGACUCAUCCGUUCAGCCAUCCGGGAGCUGAGGAGGAGGGAGAUCGAGGACAUGGAAGCCGCUUUGGCCAGCAAGAGAUUUCGACCCACACGCCAGAAACAGCAGGAGGAUAAGGAGAAUCAUCACAGGUCAGAAUCUAAUGAAAACUUGGACAUACUGUCACGAAAGCUCCAGUCGAUCCAGGACAUUGAUGAGCUCACGAAAAUGCUCCGUGCCGCCGGGGAAUACGAGGAGAGGAAGAUGAUUAGAGCAGCCAUCCGACAGAUCCGAGACGAACAGCAGCAAGGAACUGUGGAGAGGGUUAAAGCUCCCGGUCGCUGCCUGGAUCCUGAGAGCGUGGAGCCCCAGGGCAUCAUGGGAAUUGGAGAGACGGAGAAUCACAGUGAUCGAGAGCGUGUCAGAUCUCAGAUCCGGGAGUUGCAGCACGGCCAGCAGACGCAGCAAAGCAGAGAGUUGCAGAGAAGAGGCUCCAACUCAGGCAUGGUGUUGGUUCUCGAUCACCUGGCGAAGGAUGACGGCCCUGGAGCUCUGCUGAUCCAGCCUCAGAGAGAGGCUAUGACCGCAGAGCCCGACCUGGUUCUGUCUCACCGUCAGAGGUCAGACUCCUCGGCUUCAGAUCGCAGCAUGGCCUCGGUGCUGUCCAGGUCCAACCAGGAUUCUGUGGCCUCAGAGAACAGUCUGGGCUCAGCCUACAGAGCCCGGCUGGACUCUGGAGCCUCCGACAGGAGCCUGGGUUCCUCCCAGCGUGCUCGGCUGGACUCUGGGGCAUCCGAGCAAAGUGGCGGCUCCCUGUCCCACGUCAGACAGAGACUUGGCUCAGAUGUCUCCGACUCCGGCGUCCGACCCCGUCUGGGCUCUGGGGCUUCUGACAGUAUGGGUCCUUUGUCAAGGGAACGGACGGACUCCAGGACGUCUGACCUGAGCGUGAGUAUGUCGUCUGAGGAGAGAGGUCCAGGGGAGGAGGUGGAGGUAGCCAUGAGUGGUUCAACCGACAGCACAGAUUCAGAAAGCGAGAGCAGAAGUGAGGAACCCGCCAGCCUCAACGCUCCGUCCUGCAAGGAGAUCAACAAUGAUGAGGAGCAGCCUGAUGGGGCCAAUUUAUCCCGGAGCAAUCCUGCAAAUGGGCUCCUCAGUGACAGCAUGAAGGGGCUGAACGACUUCAAGAAACAAAAGAUAACAGAUAACAGGGAUCUUCCUCUCACUCAUGACAAAGCAAAGGGUUCUGCACCUGAGAAGAAAGAAGCUGUAUUGGAACAAUUCAACAAGACCAACUCUGUACGUGAUCGAAUGCGCAAGUUCACAGAGUCCGGCCAGAGCCCGAGCGUCACACCUUUGAAGAGAGCUCCUCUGAGGAACGGCACAACCUCCGGCAGCAGCGGCCAGACCAACUUCUCCAGAGCCACUGAGCGCUUCACGCCCACAGCAGCAUCCCUCGGCACAUCUGGAGACUCCACAUCUCGCACAUCUGUCGCAUCUCAAAGUCAGGCUGCACCUCAGCCAAGAGGAGGGGCCAGCAAACCUCUGUCUGUAGCUGACCAAUCGCUGAACUCCGUGGGUGGGACGAGGCAUCCAGCUGAAAAAGAUGUGCAUGCCUACAGUAACUCAAAGGACGACAGCACCCAAGGGAGAGCAGCCGGACAGCAGGUCACCCAGGGAGAGACAGACCCGGACAUGAAGACUUUCCUCACCAUUGAGAUCAAGGAUGGGCGCACCACCACCUCCUCGACAUCCACCCCCAGGGGCAACAUCGUCCCCAUCACCAACAUGACCCCACGCAUUGCCCCUAAUGCAUUGGGGCAGAGACCAGAGUUGACCCUUGGCCUCAGAGCAACGCCAUUCAAGAUCUCCUCUUCCGGCCUCUCCUCUGGAUCCUCCAUCAAGAUCAAGACGGAGCCGGUUAUGGCCUCUGAGCCGGUGUUUUCAUCUGGACCGUCUGUCCAGGUGCCGUGUCAAGUCCCAGCCAUCCCCAACGGCUCCAGCACUCAGGCCAAACCCGCCGAGCGCUCCGGAAAGCUGACAGACGAACAGCUGGCUGCCAUCGAGGAUGAAGAGCUCCUUGACAAAAUGCUCGAUGAGUCAAAAGACUUUGAGGAGAGGAAGAUGAUCCGUGCAGCCAUGCGGGACCUUCGCAAGAGAAAGAGAGACCAAAGAGAGAAGGAGCGCGAGACCCGUCUGCGAGACCUCCGGCAGCAGAGAGAUGAGCGUUCACAGAAAGGUCGCGCCGGGGUCGGAGCAGGAGAGAUGGUGAUGAGGAAGGUGGAGAAGUCUGCAGACGGCUCCACUCUGAGUCAAGUCACGAAGACGAACCGCUUUGCCCAGUCUGAUGAUGGGAGCAGGUUGUCACGCAGCACCGUCGUCGAGGCCAGUUAUGUGCAGAAAACCGACAGAGGGACGGUCCAGUCAAAAUCAUACAGCUUCUCGUCUUCCUCUUCCUCUUCCUCCUCUAACACAAGCAAAAAAGUGGGCAGUGUCUUCGACCGCGAGGAUGACACAUCGGCUCGCAGCGGCAGCGGCGGUUUGGCCGCCAUGGAGCGACGGCAGGCAGAGAAACGCAAGGAGCUGAUGAGGGCACAGACUCUGCCAAAGACCUCGGCCAUGCAGGCCCGCAAAGCCAUGAUUGAGAAGCUGGAGAAGGAGGGAGGCGGUCCGGGAAACCAGGCGGUCGCCAAGGUAAACAAGGUGCAGCGUUCCACCAGCUUUGGUGUGCCCAACGCAAACUCCAUCAAGCAGAUGCUGCUCGACUGGUGCCGUGCCAAGACGCGCUCAUAUGAGCACGUGAAUAUUCAAAACUUUUCAUCCAGCUGGAGCAACGGCAUGGCGUUCUGUGCCCUGGUGCACCAUUUCUUCCCCGAUGCCUUUGACUACGACUCGCUGAGCCCCAGCAACCGCAGGCAAAACUUUGAGGUGGCCUUCGACGCUGCAGAGAAACUAGUGGACUGUCCUCAGCUGUUGGAUGUGGACGACAUGGUGAAGAUGCGAGAGCCGGAUUGGAAAUGUGUGUACACGUACCUGCAGGAGUUCUACAGAGGUCUGGUGACGAAGGGCCUGGUUAAAACCAAAAACUCAUCCUAGAGUCGCACCCCGCCUAAAACUGAACCCAUGGACAUGGGUCAACUGCAUGCCUCUGCUGGAAGUGGAGGACAUGAUGAUCAUGGGCAACAAACCCGACUCCAAGUGCGUCUUCACCUACGUUCAGUCUCUGGUCAACCACCUGCGCAGAUACGAGAUGUCCCAGGGUCGGCCCUGUGACCUCUGUGUUCCGUGAGCGUGACCCCCACCUGAUGGCCGUCUCCACUCUGGGCUGGGUCACAGAGUUUGUACAUCUCCGAUUGGACAAGUUGGGGAUAAUGUGUGUGUAAAUACAUGUGUGUGUGUGUGUUUGAGUGUUUUUGUGUGUCGGUUUAUCUAUGUUGGCAGAGGUGAUGUGUAUUCAAUCUUUCUGUUCUCCUCUGGACACAUCUCCCUCACACUAGAGGGCGCUAAAGUUUUUAUGAGUUAGACGACAACCUUUUAAAGCUUUAAAAUGUUGAAAACCUUUUGUACUGAAACACAGCUUUGUGUCAGGUGAUAUUUAACCUACAGUAGCUGUGUCACUACGCUAGUGUACUUUAAAGCACCAAGAGAAAAAAAGAAUAUUUCAUAUUUCAUAUUAUAUAUAUACAGUAUAUAUAAUAUGUAAUAUUUAUUAUAUAUUUUUAACAUUUACCAUUUAAAUUAUUUUAAGCGACAUGUUUCUCUGCUACACUUUUGUAAUAUUGGUCUUUUGUUAGCAUUGCUGUUGGUUAUUCCACUGAAGAAGAAAGAUACACCCAGUCCAAUAUACAAUGCAUUAUUUGGUUUUCAUUUUGGUACUUUUAAACUUUUACCAAAGUCUGGUUGCUUGAAGUAUUUUAAAUAUUGUUAUUAUUAUUCUUACGUUGACAUAACCAAUUAUCAUAGAACUAUUUAAUGCAUGAGCACCGGGAUGUUUUCUCUUCUUUGUUCUAACGGAUCCAACAUUGUCUUGCUGUUGUGUUUGAGUUCAGUGCCGAGUUUUCGUACAUUUCUGAACUCUGUAGUGCUACUGAGAACGUGUUUAAGUUUUUUGAACAUUUCGUCCCUCCUGUACUGUACCAUCAUCAGAUUCUAAAUGCUCGCAGUUCAACAUGUUUAUUUAAUUUAAUUGAAGAAGACUGUAGGAGUGGGUUUCAAGCUGAUAUCAUAGAACUGAACUGAAUCGUAACUUGAUGUUUCAUUCUGCUCGACUGGCAGCGUGUGGAACUGUUGUUUCCAUCAUGUACCAGCAUCACUGCCACACUAAACCAAACACAUUCACACUCAGCUCGUUCAGAGGGCUCCUUAUUUAUGCUUGGAUAGAUUUUUUUUUUUAUAUAUCAUUUUUGUAAUUUUGUUAGUGUGUACAUUUCACUUUAAAUAAAUGGUUUUAAGUGAAGUCAGUUAUCUUAAGCUAUGACCAUGUUUUGUGAAACAAUAUUGGCGUCACUCUUUGGUUCACAGGCCUGAUGAAAGCCGGCUUUCAAUUUCAACACGAGUAAUCAAGACUGAACUUUUCUGCCAAGUGUAUAUUUCACGACAUGAAGCCAAGGUUUUUUAUUCUGCUUGUGAAAUAAAUUUUCCUUUUUGAGAAGAUGUCUAAUAUUUGGUUUCAUAGUUGAUUUGGUUAUUUUAUUUCAGUAGAUUGUAAGACAUCAAGGGUUUUUUUCAACUGAAAAACAAAUGAUCUACCACCAAGCAGUGAGCGUUGUAUAUAAAGAGCUUCAACACUUUAUAAUUUCAUGUUUCUGUGCACCACAGUUAAAUGUGAAUUAACGAUUAAACCAAUUUGAGAAAUUAAA